AUGAUACCAAGGUCGUCUAAACUGAUAGUGACCCCACCGACACUGCGAUAUAUCGUUAGAUUUAUUUGGAACAGCAAGAAGCCGGACACCAAAGUUCCUGAGAGUUUGUUAUUGGCAGACGCACUAAACUUGUUAAGUGAUCUGAAACAACCACCACAUAAACCAGGAGCAUAUAAGCCGAGCUUAUAUGACAAUUUAACCAAAGGUCCUGCGAAUGAACAAUUUGCAAUAAAUAAUAAUAAUGACGAAUUUAGUAAGGCAUUAGCACUGAAGGAUCUGGUGAAGCUUAGUGAACAAUAUAUUAAUAAUUUGUUGACGGGGAUUGAAUAUUCUAGAUUACAUAGUAAGAGUAGACCAGAUUAUAGUCAAUUAUAUGCAAUGGAUCCCAAUGAUUUGAAUGUUUAUAUUAAAGAAUUGAGUAAUGAGAGGUUUUUACUUGAAAUUAUGGAGAGUUUUUAUCAUAAUCAGAAGUUAACUCUUACUACUUUGAGUAAUAUUAUACUUAAUAGAAACUUUGUGCAUAUUAAGAAAUCCCCAAUAGAUUUGGAACAUCUUGAAAAAAAUAUCCAUUUGAAUUUGCUGGAUCUGGAAAUGAUUCAACUUCGGAUUAUUCUAUUAAAGAAAUUUCAUGAUUUACGUCUUCCUUUAAAUGUGAUUAAGAAUCUAAAAAAUUACUUUCAAGAUACUUACCUUCCAUUGAUCCAAAGGGGAGAACUAUCUGCAUUUCAUGAACGUAUUGUAUGGAGAUAUGUGAUUGAAUAUUUAAAACAAUAUGAUGCAUCACAUUAUAUCAAAUCCCUUAAUAAUCUUAAAUCAAGUUUUUAUAUCUGGGAAGUAUCCCAUCGCAACAAUGGCCAGAUUGCUAAAGAUAUAUUGCAGACGCACAAAGAUUCAUUGAAUGAAAUUCAAACAAUAUUCUUAAAAAUCGUGGCUGAUCCAUUCAUUCAAGAAAAGAUCCUUGAUCAAAUAGAUAAACAUAACAAUUCGAAAAUUCUCACGGCCCUAAAACGAAUCUCAGUGAAAUAUAAGAUAUCUUCAUUGGAGCAAUUACCCGAAACCGAGGAAUCACGUAAAGUAUACUAUGCCUUAAUUAGCGAUUUAGAAAUAUUUUUGGGGAAUUUAUUAGUUGACGACGCUGGUCAUGAUGAUUUAAAGGAUCUAUUGGGGCAAUUAACCGUUCAUAGAGUCCGAUAUAUUAAGGAUAUGUAUACCCAACAGGAACAAGAACAGAAGAAGCUUUUGGAUGGUUUAAAGGUAUUGUUAAAUAGAACAUAA